AUGCAGACAAAGCACUUCUUCUCCGAUCCGAACCAAUUGGUUCUGGCCGCGCUCCACUCUCUCACUCUCACCAAUCCCUCCCUUGCAUUGGACUCGCACAACAAGAUCGUGUUCCGCCGCCCAGAUGCGCCUCGCAGGGCCAAGAAGGUCUCCGUCGUGACUGGCGGUGGCUCGGGCCACGAGCCCGCUUUCGCCGGCUUUGUAGGCCACGGUCUCUGUGAUGCCGCUGUUGCCGGUACUAUCUUCGCCUCGCCUGCCGCGGAGCAGAUUAGCAGAGCUUGCAUUGAUCGUGUCCCCAAUGACAGCGGUGUUCUCAUUAUUCCCAACAACUACACUGGCGAUGUGUUGCACUUUGGUAUGGCCACGGAGAAGUGCCGUGCGGCUGGCAUCAAGACGGAAUUCUUUGCCAUGAACGACGACGUUGGUGUUGGUCGUAAAAAGAGCGGCAAGGUUGGUCGCCGUGGUAUUGGCGGUGCUGCUCUGUUGCUGAAGUUGACUGGUGCUUUGGCCGAAGCUGGCGGAACUCUGGACGAGGUCUAUGCUCUUGCUCAGUUUGCAAAUGACAACCUUGUCUCUAUCGGGGCUUCGUUGGAGCACGUCCACGUUCCUGGUCGCGGGGCGCCUGAAGACCACGUCGCGCAGGACGAAGUUGAGAUUGGCAUGGGUAUUCACAAUGAGCCGGGCUCCCACCGUACCAAGGUGGACCUGGUUGAGCUGGUCUCAACCAUGCUCCGCCAGCUGCUUGAUGAAAGCGACAAGGAUCGCGCCUAUAUCACUCGCACUCCUCAGGAUAAGUUUGUCCUCCUCAUCAACAACCUUGGUGGUGUGAGUCCACUAGAACUUUCGGGCCUCACCUACGAGGUCUACCGUCAGCUGGAAGCCAACUACCAGAUCAAGCCUGUCCGUGUCAUCCAGGGCAGCUUCCUGACCAGUUUGAACGGAUUGGGCUUCAGUGUCUCGCUCCUGAAGCUGUCCGACAAGGAUGUCGGCGCUGGCCAGACCAUGCUCCAGCUCAUCGAUGCCCCCGCUGAAGCGAUCGGCUGGUCUGUCCCGAUCAACCCAUCGACUUGGGAGAACCGCAUCGAUACCCCAGUCCAGCUGAAGGAUAGCAACCUGGAUGAAUCUCAGCCCAGCAACAUGAAGCUCGACCCAUCCGUCGUCAAGAAGGUCCUCGGCGCCGGCCUUCAAGCUGUCAUCAAGGCUGAGCCCGAAGUAACCCGCUUCGAUACCCUCGUCGGUGACGGCGACUGCGGCAUCGGCCUGAAGCGCGGCGCAGAAGCCAUCCAAGCCCUCUUGGACAACCCCUCUCCCCCUCUGACCGACGACAUCGUCAGCACAGUGAACCGUAUCGUCAAUGUCGUUGAGGAGGUCAUGGACGGCACCUCCGGCGCCAUCUACGCGAUCUUCUUGAACGCGUUGGCCCACGGCCUCCGCGACCAGGACACCGGCUCCCCGCAGCAAGCCACCACUGAGGUUUGGGCCAAGGCCAUCAAGCACUCCAUUACCUCGCUAGGUCGGUACACGCCCGCGAAGCCUGGCGACCGGACUCUGAUCGAUGCGCUUGUGCCGUUCGGUGAGACGCUGUUCGCAAAGCAUGAUCCUAAGGCUGCGGCUGCGGCUGCUCAGCAGGGCACUGAAUCGACUAAGAGUAUGAAGGCUAGCUUGGGUCGCUCAGUCUACGUUGGCAGUGAGGGAGAUUGGAUUGGCAAGAUUCCUGACCCUGGUGCCUAUGGUCUCAGUGAGUUCUUGACUGGGCUGGUUAAUGCAGCUUAG